AAAAUAUAGAAAUGAAAUGAAAUAAAUAAAAUAAAUUCUACAAUUCCCACCACUAGCCCUUUAAAAUGAUAUUGUACAUGACCUUUAAGUUAUUUUUCCAACUUCCCCUCCCUCGAGAUUUAGACGUCAAAAUUUUUUUAUAGGUAUAAUUGGCUGUGACAAAUACAUGAGUAAUCGCCAUCACACCAAUAUCGUACAUAUCACGAUGGCUUUGGGAUUCCCAAAAUUAUAAAAGUUUUAUUUGUUUGACAUGUGAAGGCGCGUCAAUUUUUUUUUUGUGUUCCAACAAAUAAUUUUUUUAACGCCCAAUUACGAAUAAUAAUUAUUUUAAUUUUUUUAAAGAUUGAGAAAUCUAAUUUUAAUGGUAAAACAUAACUUUAAUAAACCGUAAACGUCUAAAUUAUCCGAUAAAAAUGAUUUCUCAAAACAAAGAAGUGGCUAAUACUAUAAUUCCCUGGUGCAUACGUAACGAGCCUCAAGUCAUAGAUAAUAAAAUGAUAAAAGCAUGUAUAGAUGACAUGGCCAAACCUGAUGAAGCUGGAAGACUUUUAAGGGAAGAAGGAAUCCCUUUAGACGAAAUUUAUACGAUUCGCUUGGAAUUUAAAAAAAUUUUAAGAAUAGACCAUCUAUGGGUCCUAAAAUCUCUAACACAACUAUCACUCAAUAACAAUUUCAUAGAGAAAAUAGAAAAUUUAGAGUCCCUAAUACACUUAAAGGAACUAAACCUAUCGUUUAAUAAAAUAGCAGCGAUUGAGAAUUUGGAUGAACUCGUCAAUUUGGAAGUGAUAAACUUGUUCCAAAAUAAAAUAACUAAGAUCGAAAAUUUACAAAAUCAAACAGAAUUGAUAAUUCUGAGCAUUGGUAACAAUUUAAUUCAAAAUAAAGAUAACGUUUUAUAUUUCCGCGGUUUUAAAUAUUUAAAAUCCCUCAAUUUGGCUGGUAAUCCUUGUGCUGAAGAAGACACAUUUCGUUUGUAUAUAGCAGCCGUUCUACCCGUCUUAGAUUAUUACGAAUACAUUUUUAUUACAAAAGAAGAACGAGAAGGUGGUCAAGAUAUUUUCGAAGCGUUGUUAAGAGAAAUACACGAAGCAGAAUAUCAGGCAAAUAUCAUUAAAUUAAAAAAAGAAAAAGAACUGGCCGAUGCCAAAAUUCAUUCAUUGAGUUUCGUGGAAUAUCUAGGGAGCAGUUAUUUAUUCGAUUCGAUGUUUGAGGAUGACGUUGAGGGAAAUACUUUCCUUCUAAUGGACGACGUGCAACCCCUUUAUGAUGAAUUUAGAGAAGAAUUCGUGAAGAAUUGUAUUGAACUAUUCGAAUUUGGUCAAGAACAAUAUGCUAUCAGACAAGCAGAAAUGAAACAGUAUCAAGACACAGUAGAAAAAGCAAAAAAAGAGGGUCAACUCCAGAGCAUUGAGAUGAUGGAAGCAUUCCUUGAAAAAAAGAACUAUAUAUUCUACACUAUUACAAAACUAUCGAAAGAUUUCGAAAAAGAAUUAAUUUCUGAAGACGUGUAUUAUGACAGUGUGGGGGAGAUCGCUGAACAAUUUAAUAGCGAUCUCCAGGCCAUUUGGAAAAAUGCGAUGAAGUUUGAGGUGACAAUUUUUGGUCAGAUGGAAGACGUGAACCAAACCUUCGAAUUAUCUCUGACAGAUUUGACGAAUAUAUUUAUUGAACACGCCCAAGGGACAUUUACUUACCUGCGAAACUUGGAAAAUCUUUAUUUCGAUAAUGUGAGUGAAAUUGCGUUCAAAAUAUUGGCCAAUGAGGAAUUAUUAGACAUGCUGUAUCCACAAGAAUUAAAAGAGGUAUGAAAACCGUGAUAAAGUAAUUAAACAUAUAUUACAUUAGUAAAUCCAAUCUAGUAUGCAUUAAGCUGUCACCAUUUUUAUUGAACACACCCCGUGCUAAACAUUUGAAUUACUGUUUUUAAUAGCUACAUUAAUGUAAAUGAAAUAAACCGUUUUAAAAUAAAUGAACUUAAAAAAAUAGAAAAAAAUAAAAUUGUAUACAUUAUGUACAAGUUUACAUUGAUGGAACAUAUCAAUAAA